UGAGGAGCGACUGAAACUUCAGGCAAGGGAACAAGCUUCAAUGGAGGAAGCGGCCAUGCAGAUUUUGCUACGUCGACAACCAAGUUGUGCAUACAGGCGGGGAGUUUCUGACAAAGAGAUUAUUCAAAAUGCGAGGAAAUGGAUGAGUAAGGAGGUGAUGGUGGCUUUCGAAGAAUACAAAAAAAGAAGUGCUACUCUCGCGGGACAUGACUGCCAACUAGUGGAACUAGGCCACCAAUGUUUCAAUGUGGAAAAUUAUUGCAAUGUUUUCCACCACUUCAACUUCACUGUGAAGAUUGAGAACCCUAUCACAAAUGUUUCCCGAGUGUCACUAUUCUUUGCUGAAUUAAGAGAGAUGUUUGGGCAAAAAUAUUAUUUCUGCUCUCCUCUGGAAUCAGACAGUGAAAAUGGUCAGUGUUCUGCUUGCAGUAGCCAAGGAAUGGAUGAUCUGCAACAUCCAGCCACAGGUGGAUAUUUCAGGGGCUCGACGGGUUCCUCAUUCCCUUACAUGUACAUGGAAGAUGAUGUCGAUAAUGAUUAGCGGGGUAGUUGAAUCUUUAUUCAGAGUUGGUCAUGGUUGGUGCAUGCGAGCCUAGUAGUCCAGGCAGCAGAUGCAAUAACCUGCAGGGUGAUUUAUUUUCACCUCUUG